ACUUUUCCUUGUAGAAUCUGCAACAGUCGAGAGGGUUUGGAAACAACUUCAAGUUCCCCGAGGGUGGGCCUUCUGGUUCUACGGCUGGUGUCGCUUCGGGCAAUGCAGGAUUUACGGAGGAGAAUGCUGACGAUGACUUGUAUGCGUAAGAAAAAAGGACUGUAUAUCUUCGACCCUCUUGUUUUUGUACGUUUUUAAUUUCAUGAGAUGAGUGGUAGACGAUCCAAUGUCAAUGUUAUUGCUCGUUACAUGUGCUUUAUGAGUAAUUUCUUGCCGCGGAGAUUGCCACGUGGAAAUAUGGUACUUGUUCCCAAAUUACUGCAGUCCUGAACGCGGUGUAGGGCAUCAUCCCCAGAAAUUUGGCAAAACAGAGUAGCGGACAAAUUUCUUCUUGGCACCGCAACCACGGAAAUGUCGACGAAGCAGUCACCACCGCUGUCGAAGCCGUCACUUCGGAAGAGGCUCUCGGGAUUCGCAACGACACCGCUACUGCCAGUAAAGAAGUCUCUUCAUGACAAUAUCGACUUUGUUCCAUCCUCGAUACCGGCCCAACGGAGGCUGGAAAUGCUGGCAGUGUCCAUUUGGUCGAUUCUGAUAGUCGGAUCCUGCACGCUGUUCAUCUUUCUGUGUUCCUUUCCGCCGUUGUGGCCUCUUCUUACUUGCUAUACGAUUUGGGUGCAUUACCUUGACAAAUCGCCUGAGCACGGAGGGCGGGUCUGGCACUGGUACCGCCGGUGUGCGUGGUGGAGGUAUUUCGUGGCAUACUAUCCUAUUACAUGCUUGAAGGAGGCAGACUUACCGCCAAAUCGAACUUAUGUUUUUGGUUACCAUCCACAUGGAAUCAUUGGCAUGGGGGCUUUUGCAAACUUCGGUACCGAUGUGACUGGCUUCCCCAAACUGUUCCCUGGAAUUACAACGCAUCUUCUCACCCUUUCGAGCAACUUUAAGCUUCCAUUCUAUCGAGAACUGAUGAUACAUUUGGGAAUGGGGAGCGUGAACAAGAAGUCGUGCAGUAACAUCCUACACAGCGGACCGGGACAGUCUAUCACUAUCGUCGUCGGAGGGGCCGCCGAGAGUCUGAGCGCUCACCCAGGAACCGCCGAUCUGACUCUUCGUAAACGACUAGGGUUUAUCAAAAUUGCGAUUCAGGAAGGAGCGGACCUUGUGCCGGUCUUCUCUUUCGGAGAAAACGAUAUUUUUUCUCAAAUGCCCAACGAGAAGGGAACUGCCACCUACAUGUUCCAGAAGAAGUUUCAGGCGAUCUUUGGCUUUACUUUGCCGCUGUUCCAUGGAAGAGGGAUGCUCAAUUAUAACCUUGGUCUUCUCCCGUAUAGGCGAAGAAUUACCGCCGUCGUCGGACGUCCCAUUCCCGUGAAGCAAGUCAAUCAACCAGACAUAGAGGAAGUCCAGCGCAUCCAAACUCUCUACAUCGCGGAACUGCAGCGGAUUUGGGAUUCCCACAAGGAUGAGUUUGCCAAGGCUAGGAAGCGGGAGUUGAAUAUUAUCGAUUAGUAUUCAUUCAUUGAACGGCUUUUGGUUAUAACUCGAAUCUUUUGUGA